AGAGAGAGAAACACAGCAAACAGCGACCCCACCUUCGUCUGACCGUUUCUCAGUCCCUUCCAAGUUUUCAUUCCACCCCGUGGUUGCUGCACACACCUUCCAUCAUCAACCUUCGAUUCGACGUCGUUCCGAUUCAAAUCUGAAUGCGCCGACAACAGCAAUGGCAUCCCCUGAAUCCAACGUCGCAGAUCACGUUGUCGAACUAAUUGUGCGCGACGCAUCAUCAUCAUUGCUGCCGCCACCACCUUCUUCCGGUGACACUGACGAUGCCGGAGAUGACCAAAUUGCCCCUCUUCUCUCGCAUCCUGAGAGACCAAAGAUCAACAUCUUCACCGCUUCUUACCCUCGAAGAAAACCCAGAGAUGAAGUAACAAGAUUGCUCGAGUCGGAAACAUCUCCUUUCACCCAGUUUAUAUUGUGGGUAUGGAAUGGGUCCAGAUACUCUGGCUUACUUUGUAUGCUGCUCUCGUCUACCACUUACUUUCUCAUGGGAGUUCUUUCCAAUACUCUUUCUGUUCAGGCAAUUCCUUUGUUUCAGACUGCUUUUACAAGAUGUACCAUUAUCUUGAUACUGUCAUAUUUGUGGCUGAGAAGGAGUGAACAACCAUUAUUUGGAACAUCCCAUGUUAGAAUCAUUUUACUUUUAAGGGCAGUUGCAGGCUGUAUAUCAAUCGCAAGUUUUGUAUAUUCCUUUCAGAGGUUGCCCUUAUCUCAGGCUAUCGUACUGAAUUCAACAACUCCAAUUAUGGCCUCAAUUAUGGCAAGGGUCUUUUUGCGUGAGAAAUUAAAAAUUUCUGAUAUUACAGGUCUUGCUUGCAGUUUCUUUGGGGUGCUCUUCUUCUUCCGAGAAUUGCUGGCCACACAAGGUAUAGUAGGACAGUUAGCCAAAGCUGAGGAAGCAAGAAAAGGAUCUUCUACGACAAGUCAUCAUAUAUUUAUGAUCCUAUUGGGCCUCUUUUCGUCAAUAAUUGGUGGCACUAGUUACUGCCUAACAAGGGCUGGAGCUAAGGCAUCUGAUCAGCCGCUGUUGACUGUCUUUUCAUUUGGCGUACUGGCUAGCCCUGCAAUGGGAAUAUGUACUUAUAUCUUUGAGGAUUUUGUACUACCAGGAUUUCAGUCAACUGUACUUAUGCUUGUACUUGGUAUUCUGGCCUUCUUUGCUGAGGUCUUGUUAGCACGCGGACUGCAACUUGAGAAGACUGGUAAAGUUGCCAACAUCCUGUAUAUUGAGGCAGCUCUAACCCAAUUUUGGAGCCUUGCUUUUACAAGAGUGGCUCCAUCUUUUGAUCACCUCGUUGGGAUUUUACUCAUAGUUAUCUCUGUAGGUUUCACCUUGUAUAUAGGACCUGACAAGGAGAUGGAAUGAUAACUUUGAGAUUUGAGUGAUGUAUUUGAUAUCAUUUGUUAUAUUCAUAUUGAGUCUCCUUGAAAUCAA